CCAAUCUAAAAACGACUGCCCUUACACAUCUACUCACUAUACCGCUCACUCCCUUUGAAGAAUCCAUUCUUCACUCAUAUGCAAGCUUUCCGUCUGUGGCUGCAAAUUCCACAAAAUCGCCUUCCUCCCUUGGUCUAGCAGCCCUCCAAAAUCUUGCUUGUACACGACUCAUACAAAUAGGCCUGUACGCGGACGCCAUCAAACUCCACCGACAGUUCUCUGUUGCCGGUUUAAAUUUUUCUUUGACCCCCGCCGCAACUAAAAUGAUUCAACAACGUAAAGACGCGAUCGAGAAUCUUUAUUCAACAUUGCCUGUAGUUGAACGCACUUUGUUGGAUGCUGAGAUUGAAGGGACCCCCAUGUUCAGCAUGCCGACUACCAACGUCAUCGCUGAUGAUACCAACAUGUCUGAUUCAUGGGAGGACAUUCCUGCUAGAGAUCUUUCGAGUAGCUCCGUUCGCAUGAACGGAGUAGUUUCUACGGUUUCUCAAAACCAUCCUCAAAUCAACAGAGUAGUUUUGCCGACACCUUCCGCGUCUGCGUCUGCUACUGCUGACCUGAUUCCAAGAGAGUCUCUUGUACCAUUGAUUUCCGCUACGGCAGUCCCAUCUUCCUUCACCCUUACCAGCUCAACGGGUCCAGGGAACCACGAAAACCUUGCUUCCUCACGUUCAGUUGCUACCCGGUUUGGUGGAGCACCAAUCUUGCCAAUUGCCGGCAGUAGCGGAGACUCAAGUAUCGCUCUGAACUCGAGUUUAGGGUUUGGUGGUACACUCAACUCGGGCGGUAGCACAGGACACAGUCUCAAUGGUGAACUUACUCGACUUACUCAGCCUUCUGGCCGGAAAAGUUUGCCAUUCAGUUCCGCUGCCUUUAAUUCUCCAAAUGGCGCUCUCGGUUUGUCAACCUCAGGGACAAGCUUAGGGUCGACUCCGACAUUCUCUUCAUCUAAGCGAAAACCUAAUGCGUUCUACAAGCCACCCAUUGUGAAUAACCCACCGUUAUCCAAUCCUUUCAGCAUAGAUGAUCCCGCGCCCGAGCUGAGAGGGGCAUCUCGCCGUUCGACUACAGGGAGCCAUAGUCCCGAGAGGCCAUCUUCAUCAAACGAGAAACAAAAUCGUAACAGGGGAGCUGAUCAACUUGCUGUCUCAGAAGACGGAAGGCAAAAUGGGGAUAUCUUAGAAAAUGAAGCGAUGGCAGUUGACGACGGUCAAGGUGCAGGACUCGACUAUCCUCUAUUCAUCAAUGCAGGAAGCAAUAGUCCCGAAAACGAUGAAAGAAAAAGCCAGAGAAGCUUGAUUAGUGCAAGCGGCAGCACUAACAGUGCUGGCGUUAGUCUACGAACCUCUCAAAAGCGACCUCCUGGGGCGUUUACAGAUGAAGAGGACGAGGAUAUGAUCGAGGACAUUCCCUCUCACCCUCCACCUCGUCAAACCCGUUCCCGAAAAAGCAACGUUCCUUACACUUCCACCUCAGCCGCCACCGCAAAUACUCAUACCUCAGCUUCCGCAAAAUCCUCCGCAUCCGCGUCAACUUCCGCCAGGACGACAAAACCAAGAGGUAAAAAACCACGACAGACGACUAUAAGCUCGAAAUCUAAACGGCGCGUUCCAGGUGGGAUGUCUGAUGAUGAUGAUGACGACGAAGAAGAUGACGGAGAUGCCGGCCAGGAAGAAGUUGAAGAGGACCAGGACCACGUAGCGCCUUUGGCUGCUCGCCGUACGAUGCGUAAAACACGCUCGUCGGUCGCUUCUACGUUGUCGACUGAAGAACCUGGUCCGAGGAGAAGGUCGUCGAGGAUAUCAGUGGCGGGAGAGGCGGGGGCUGGCGGCGCUUCAAGUAAAAGGGUUACCAGGAAAUCUACUGCUGGUACCGGUGGGAAGCGGAAACAACGAUGAUUUAUGGCAUUUGUGUUGAAUGGUUGUUCUACUGGUCUGAUAUUUUUUUUGUUUCCAAUGAAAAUUCUCGAUCCUCCCUAACUGUGGGGAAUAAUCGCGAUGUUGAGCAGACUAAGA